AUGACAUCUCAGCCUGCAUUUCGUUCGAUCUACGGCACGACCCCAGGACUUCUCGAUCCGACACAACCAGCACGUCUUCAUCGCAUCUCGGGAUCAACACUUUCGUUCGCAUCUUUCCACCCUCUCACUGCAUACCCUAGAGAGCAGAACCUAGAAAACCUGUCUCUUGACGACGAACCAAUACGCCCGAAGCGCAUCGUGAUAGAGACAACUCCUGGACCAGAGGGCACGAGUUCCUGGCGCUUCGUCCCUCGUGCACGUUUGGGACAUGGAGUGGACAGUGAGGGGAGUUGGCCUAGGCUGGUCAAUAUCUGCGGGGAGAUCAUAUAUUGCUCGCAAGAUCAGUGGGAUAUACACAAACUCGACACUACGGGGUACGAGUGCUUCGUCCCAGCACCACCAAAUAUACCUACCAUUUCUCGCAAGAAAGGAAAAGAGAAGGCGGCAGACAAUGAACCGGAGCGACACACCAUGGAUGAUACACGUCCCACUCACAAAUCGAAACGCCGCCUCUCGACGCCCUCCGAUGACGAAACCCCACGACACUCUCGCUCUGGCGAUAUGAGCGAACUUGGAAGCGAUCCUGCGCAUCCCAUACCUGUUGAUGACGAGGAAGUUGAGGUGGAAGACCUGCUGGGCGAAACCUCAAGAGGGGGCUCCAUGCCGCCUGGCAACCAUAAAUCGUCAAGCAGAGCUGGCACGAAGCGAGGAACCAGGAAUACGACAGAUUCUCGACGCCAGUGGCGACGUGAGAAUGCCGCUUCCCAGACCAAACCCCCAAGUAUUGUCUCCGACGACGUACAGGAAAUCGACAUGGUGGACCUGACUGCAGAUGAUCACAAGAACGGCCAGUCGGAAUAUGUACCGUACUCAAAUACCGCAAAACGGAAGAGUAAGCCACAAUGCAAUGCCACAGAUGUCGGGUGCUUAGCGCGCUUUGUAGUCUCCCCUGAACCUCGAGAGUCAAGCCCCAACAGACCUGGAGACUCCGCCGCCUAUUCUUCAGAUGAUGCAGCGAAUCCACCGAGAAAACGGCGUCGCACAGUGCCGCCUGAGGCGUAUAGGCAGGCGUUUGACACCAAACGUACCGAGCGGGAGCGGCGCAGGAUGGAGAGCUUCAGGGCUCGAUUUGACAGCAAGAAGACGUCGUGGCACGACAAGUUCUUCCGCGAUCUCAUGGCAGAAAUUCCAGAAGAAUUCGGAAGCGGAGGAAACACGCAUGGGCCAGAAGAUCCGCCUGACCAGGCCCAACAAGCCCCGGGGGAUGCUACGCCGGGCGAGGAAGCGCUCCGUCAAGCUGCGAUCGAAGAAUCUCGGCGGAAGCUCGCUGAGCUCGAGAAGGACAAGCCCCUGUGGGAAGACGCUGCCCGUAGGCGCAUGGAAGCGGAACGCGCGGAAGAAGAGAGGAGACGAGCGAGGGCUGAGUAUGAACAGGAGCAGCGCCGUCGACAGCAACAGCAGCAGCGGUGGUCUUUUGGGCCUUGGACGACAGCGCGCGCUCUGGAACGCUACAAAGUGCUCAGCGAGGCAUUUGAUAACGCGAAGUUCACAGAGGACAACCCGGCUACGUUCGAUACCAUCCCAUGGCCUGUCCUGCAGUCGCCGGCGAUGCUCUCGAUUGAGGACAUUGACUGGAAUGCUGUCGAGGCGUUCUUCAGGUCUGUUCGGUCUUACAUGCGACCGCAAGAUUACAAGGCCUUCGUGCAAGAGAGUCACAGGCGCUUCCAUCCGGACCGCUGGAGGGCAAGAGGAGUACUGCGAAAUGUAUCCGAAGAGGAGACUCGUAGCUGCCUGGAGGUGGCAUCAAACACUGUAGCACAAGCUCUGACACCGUUGUGGCGCGAGGUCGUCAAGGGUGGAUGA